GCGGGCCGCGGCCCCUCCCCCCGUCCCCCUCUCCGGCCAAUCACCAUCCAGCGUGCCCGCCCCCCCGCCUCCCUCUGGACCAAUCGGCGUGCGGCGCGGCUCCCCCCCGCUGCCCCCGCCCCCCGGCGGUUAGGCCGCUUCCGGUGUGCGGGGGCCUGAGGCGAUGCGGGGGUCGUGAGGCGAUGGGGGCGCGCGCGGGGCGGUGGUCGGGGCUGCUGGUGCGGGGCGGCCACACCGUGCUCAGCUGGGGGCUGACGCUCCUCCUCUUCCUGCACCGCACCGAGCUGCGGCAGCAGGAAGCUCACGGCGAGCUGUUGCAGCCCCUUCUCUUUGUGCUGCUGGUCCUGUGCUCCGUCCUGCUCUACUUUGCCGUCUCCCUCAUGGACCCCGGCUACGUGGGCCCCGAACCCGCACCUCACGCCCAGGCGAGCACCAGUGAGGAGCUGAAGGCUAUGGUCCCCCAGAAGCCUCCAACCAUCCACCUUCGCCGCUGUGGCUACUGUCUGCUAAAGCCCCUGAGGGCCCGUCACUGCCGUUCCUGUAAGCGCUGCGUCCGCCGCUACGACCACCACUGCCCGUGGAUCGAGAACUGCGUGGGCGAGCGCAACCACCCCCUCUUCGUCGCUUACCUCGCGCUGCAGCUGGUGGUCCUGGUUUGGGCCCUGCGCUUGGCGUGGUCCGGGAUCAGCUUUGAGCAGCCCUGGGGCGCCUGGCUGCGGCACACCGGACUCCUGUUUGCCGCCUUCCUGCUGCUGGCCGUCUUCUCGGCCGUGGUGGCCCUGCUCCUGGCCUCCCAUCUCUACCUGGUGUCCUGCGACACGACCACCUGGGAAUUCAUGUCCCCCCAUCGCAUCUCCUACCUCCGCCGCCGCAGCAGCAGCCCCUUCGAUCGGGGCCUGCUCCGAAACCUAGGGCGCUUCUUCUGCGGCUGCGAGGCCGUGGCCUGGGAGAUGCUGUACACCCCGGAGGACGGCGAGCCCGUCUAGAUGCCGCAUCCUGGGGCCAAAGGGGGAAGCACCGAGUGAGGGGGGACGGCCCCGGGGCCCGAGUGACUCCUCGGUGCCGGCUCACGCCUGAGGCUUGUGGCCUCCUCCAUCCCUCCCUCCUGGGGCCGCACCAGCGGCCACAAGCGACCCCCCAGCUCCUCACGGAGGAGGAUCAGGACCUGUCUGUGCCUCGGCACCUGGUUUCUCAGCCACCCGGGGCUGGUUUCGGAGGCCCCCAAAAUCACCAGGCCUACAGCGGGAGGACCAGCAGACACAAAACACACCCACACGCACGCGUGCACGUUCUCCCGCCCGGAGUCGACCGGGGAGUCAGAUUGGCUCGGGGGCUGGGGCCUGGAGUCCCGCUCCCUCAGUCUUUGACUCCUCGCCGGUGCAGCCAGCACAGACACGAGAAGGACGAGCAGAACACGGAGAUUCAAGCUGGGCCCAGCGGAGGUUGGCGGGGGGCCUAGGGCUCUGGCCCCACUUAGCCAGCCAUGUCCCUGGCCUGCUGCUGACCACACAAGCCGUCACCCCCAGACAGAAAAGACCUGCAGGGAAAUGGAGCCAACCAGCCCUGCCCCUGAUCUUGAUGUCACUGCCCACCCCGGACACUCAACUCGGUGCAAGUUUACGUAUUUAAUAGUCCGAAAAGCAGGUGGAUCGUUAAAAACCCCCUACAACAAGUGUCCGGUCGUGAUCCUGGCACCACUUGCAGCCGUAAAUACGCAAUAAAGCCUGGGUGUGGGCAACCCCA